GCUUAGCCCAGACAUUACCAUGUUCUCGGAGGACUACUUAUUGUACAGUGGUGGUUCCAAUCCAUUCCAACACCUGGAGAAGAGUGCAGUGUUGCAAGAGGCUCGGGUGUUUAAUGAGACACCUAUAAACCCUCGAAAAUGUGCUCACAUCCUCACCAAGAUUCUGUACCUCAUAAACCAGGGGGAACACCUGGGUGUGAUGGAAGCUACGGAAUCCUUCUUUGCCAUGACCAAGCUGUUCCAGUCCAAUGAUCCAACUCUUCGCAGGAUGUGUUACCUGACCAUCAAAGAGAUGGCCUGCAUUGCAGAGGAUGUCAUCAUUGUAACCAGUAGUUUAACCAAAGACAUGACUGGGAAGGACGACAAUUACCGAGGCCCUGCUGUGAGAGCACUCUGCCAAAUCACUGAUAGUACCAUGCUGCAGGCCAUAGAACGCUACAUGAAGCAGGCAAUUGUGGACAAGGUGCCCAGUGUGUCCAGCUCUGCCCUGGUGUCAUCAUUGCACCUGCUGAAGACCAGCUUUGACGUGGUAAAACGCUGGGUGAAUGAGGCUCAGGAGGCAGCGUCCAGUGACAAUAUCAUGGUGCAGUAUCAUGCCCUCGGCUUACUUUACCACGUGCGUAAGAAUGACCGUCUGGCAGUCAACAAGAUGCUCAGCAAGUUCAUGCGUCAUGGUCUGAAGUCACCCUUUGCCUACUGCAUGAUGAUCCGAGUGGCCAGCAAAUUGCUGGAGGAAGAGGCAGGAAACCAUGACAGCCCCUUGUUCGAUUUCAUUGAGAGUUGCUUAAGAAAUAAACACGAGAUGGUGGUCUAUGAAGCUGCUUCUGCCAUUGUUAACCUGCCUAGUUGCACUGCAAAAGAGCUGGCACCUGCUGUAUCUGUGUUACAGUUGUUCUGCAGCUCCCCAAAGGCGGCUCUUAGAUAUGCAGCUGUCCGAACCCUCAACAAGGUUGCCAUGAAGCACCCGUCUGCUGUGACAGCCUGUAACCUCGACCUGGAGAACCUAGUGACUGAUUCCAACCGCAGCAUUGCUACUUUGGCUAUCACCACACUGCUGAAAACUGGCAGUGAGAGCAGCAUUGACCGGCUCAUGAAGCAGAUUUCCUCCUUCAUGUCAGAAAUCUCAGAUGAAUUCAAGGUUGUGGUGGUGCAGGCUAUCAGUGCCUUGUGUCAGAAGUACCCGCGUAAGCAUUCAGUCCUCAUGAAUUUCCUCUUCACUAUGCUCCGGGAAGAGGGCGGUUUUGAGUACAAGCGAGCUAUCGUGGACUGCAUCAUCAGCAUCAUUGAGGAAAACUCUGAGAGCAAAGAGACUGGCCUGUCUCACCUGUGCGAGUUCAUUGAGGACUGUGAGUUCACUGUCCUGGCCACUCGUAUUCUCCACCUGCUGGGGCAGGAAGGACCCAAGACCAAUAACCCUUCAAAAUAUAUUCGCUUCAUCUACAACAGGGUUGUCUUGGAACAUGAGGAGGUCCGGGCAGGUGCAGUAAGUGCUCUGGCUAAAUUUGGAGCCCAGAAUGAGGAUGUGUUACCCAGCAUCUUAGUGUUAUUGAAAAGAUGUGUGAUGGAUGAUGAUAAUGAAGUGAGAGACAGAGCCACAUUCUACCUAAACGUCUUAGAGCAGAAACAGAAAGCUCUCAACGCUGGCUACAUCCUGAAUGGCUUGACAAUAUCCAUCCCUGGCCUGGAGAGGGCACUGCAGCAGUAUACCCUGGAACCUUCUGAGAAACCCUUUGACCUGAAAUCUGUUCCUUUGGCAACUGCUCCCAUCUCAGAACAAAGAACAGAAAGUAUUCCUAUCACUGUGGUCAAACAGCCAGAGAAAGUGGCAGCGACAAGACAAGAAAUAUUCCAAGAGCAACUGGCAGCUAUCCCAGAGUUCAGAGGGCUGGGCCCACUCUUCAAGUCCUCUCCAGAGCCUGUGGCUCUUACAGAAUCAGAGACUGAGUAUGUGAUCCGUUGCACCAAGCAUAUGUUUGUCAACCACAUGGUGUUCCAGUUUGAUUGUACAAAUACACUGAAUGAUCAGAUCCUGGAGAAUGUCACAGUACAGAUGGAGCCGACAGAGGGGUAUGAGGUCAUUGGCUAUAUACCUGCCAAAAGCUUACUGUAUAAUCAGCCUGGUAUCUGCUACACAUUGGUAGCGCUGCCUGAAGAGGACCCCACAGCAGUGGCCUGUACAUUCAGCUGCAUGAUGAAAUUCACCGUUAAGGAUUGUGACCCAAACACUGGUGAAACAGAGGAUGAGGGCUAUGAGGAUGAGUAUGUGCUUGAAGACAUUGAGGUAACAGUAGCUGAUCACAUCCAGAGAGUUCUGAAGCCAAACUUUGGGGCAGCCUGGGACGAGGUUGGUGAUGAGUUUGAAAAGGAAGAGACCUUCACUUUAUCCACCAUUAAAACAUUGGAAGAGGCAGUCAGUAAUAUUGUGAAGUUUCUGGGGAUGCAGCCAUGCGAGCGAUCAGAUAAAGUGCCAGACAACAAAAACUCACACACGUUAUUCUUAGCAGGUGUGUUUCGGGGUGGCCAUGACAUCUUGGUACGUUCUCGUCUUGUCCUGACAGAUACUGUAACAAUGCAGGUCGCCGCCCGGAGUGGAGAAGAGCUUCCUGUGGAUGUAAUCAUGGCCUCUGUUGGCUAAUCAUGACCUUUUUGAGACUGCGCUCUGACACAAGGCCCAUCCAUAAAGGGAAAAUGUUCUUGGUUUUCUGCUCCCUUCUGUUCUGGACAUUGAAUUGGAAUCACAUUCACUACAGCAGCUUUUUAUCAUUAGUAAAACUAGGACAGUUAUUUUGGGUUUUUCUAAAUAAAAAUUGUGGAGUUUAAGGUCUGAUAGGAAGUUUGAGGAAGUAUCUAGUUUCACUUAAAUCUACAAACUUAUCUAAAGAAUCAGUCCAUUUAAUACUAAGUUGCUGGAUUCUGCAGCACGAGGGAGAGAAGGGGAGAGUCCUUAGUUUCCAAUUAAGCCUUUUUUAACAAUCCCUAUCAUAAUAGUGUAUCAAAAAGACCCUUAAAAACACAACAUAGUAAAUAAAAGAAUAAAAUUCCCUCUCCAGCAGGCUACAAAACUUGACUGCCUUCCUCCACCAUCUUGAUGAUAAAUGAGAGGCUGAUCUUCUCCCAGAGUACUUACCCCUCAAAACAGUAGGUUGGGAAUGUGUGCUUGCAAUUGUAUUAAGUUAAAAAUGGGAAAUAAGUGCCUAGCUCUCAGCUUUGCACAACCAUGUCAGAUGGAAAUAGUAUCCAUAAAGUGCAAAUCAGUUGAACACACUGUAUAUUUGGUUUGGCUGUUAACAUUUGCGUAGUUAUCAGUGACUGCUGUCUCUGCCAUUCUUAGAUGCAACACUGAAGGCCUACUGUGUAAGUGGUGGAAGAUUAUGUGAUUUUGGUGUGGUGACAUAUCCUGGGAAAAGUGACCAAUUAGAUUUUUUAGUAUGUAAGAAGCAAUAUGGUGAAGUGUAACAGUGUGUGGUGUCAACCAGAGCUAGUGUCAGACAAGGGAAAUCCAGGAGAGAGGUCUGCUUUUUGCACCUGUAAUUCAUCUUUGUUCUCUGCCUGUAUUUUUUAUGCAAAAUGUCACCAUAUAAUGUAACAUUAAAUGAUCCUGAUGGAAUUUACAUAA